AUGAGGAAAAUGACCUCAAACAUCCCCCAAGACAAUGAUGGUCAACCGUCACGAAUGUCAACGAGACAAACCACCGCUGCAGCUACGACCGCUGCACCCACCGAUGACAUACCGGAUCGAAUGGCAAACCUCGAGAUCCAGAUGCAAGAGAUCAAGGAAAUGAUAGCCAACCUAGCGGCAACCCAGACCAGAAUACCGUCCACGCCACAGGUGGACACCGUCGAAGUUGAGGAGCGACGAACUUCCCCUAUACGAAACACCCCCGAGACAGUUCAGUUGCCGCCUCUUCGAAACACUCGUUCUCCAUCGAUUCCGAGGAUGUAUUCCGAAGACCCUCCGAAUCGCUACAAGAAAUCCACCAUCUCUGAGAAGAUUACGCCGCUCAGCGAUGGGAUAGAACAUACCUUUAUGCAAUGGAGCGCGUCCAUUCGGGACCGCCUCGUAGUCAAUGAGGAUCACUACCCUACCGACGUCUCGAGAAGAGCGUUGAUAUGGGGGACUACGACUGGCCUGGCAAAGAAAAUACCUCGAACCCCAAUACCUAUCCGCGACACAUGGGUUUCGGAGUGCCGACGAGAUGAUGGACCUGUUGGGUUCAUAUUACCUCACUGGCAACGAAACGGAACAGGCCCGGAACCUCUUCGACGACCUCCAAAUGGGAGAGAAAGGACAUACCAACGAGACUUUCUCAGAGUUCAAAGCUCGCUUCCAAAGUGCAGCUAUUACGGGACAGGUCACAGAGUCGGAAUGGUGUCGAACCCAACCGCCGAGGCCUACAAGAAGCCCUCUGGUCUCCUUCCAGAGGACUCCUUUUACGCCCACGGCCCCAAGCCGGACAUUACAGGCCGCGUGCGGACCGCCGUGCCGGCUACGUCCGGGAACUGUUUCAAGUGCGGCAAGCCGGGCCAUUUCCAAGACAAAUGCCCGCUCAACCCCACCGUCAAGGAGAUUGACCGCGAAGCCCCUGAGGACGAAGAGCAGUGGGAGGAAGCAGUCGCCCACCAGUCGGAUGCGUCCCUGGAGGAAAACGACGAGGCCUAG